AACAUAUUGUUUUGAAUGGAACAAUAAAAUCAAAAUUCAGUGAAAAUAAGAACAAGGUUGUGUUCAUCAUCUUCUUCUUUUGAAAAUGGACGCCGUUUGCUCUUUGCCCUUGGUGGCUAAAGCCCCUAAAUUUUCUCUCCCCUGUUCCCAAUUAUUCAGACCUAAUUUUGGUGCCAAAUAUGGAGAUUUUACAUUUCCAAGAUCAUCUUCUGUCGCCGUUCACGGCAGGAGCUGUCUUGAUUUAACGAUUAAUUUAAGGAGGUCGAUGAUUUCUUACCGAGGAAAUAAGACGGAGCAAUGUUUUAGAGUGCCAUUCAUAUCAUGUUCGAUGGUAGAUGGAAAUGGAGAAUACAAUGAAUUGGAGCAGUCCUCUUCAAUGGAAUGCCAACAGGAGGGUGUUAUCGACUUGAAGCUCCCUAGAAGACGUCUGUUGGUAACUUUUACAUGUGAUGCCUGUGGUGUGCGGUCACAGAGGUUAAUCAAUAGACUAGCUUAUGAACGUGGGCUUGUUUAUGUGCAGUGUUCAGGAUGUUCUCAGUACCACAAGCUGGUCGACAAUCUUGGGCUUGUGAUCGAGUAUAACUUGGAGGAGGAAAUUGAUUUAGAUGCAAAGACGGAUCAGGUCUAGACAGAGCUUUUAAUUUGUCAGCAUUUCAAUUUUUGUGGGAAAUGAAUCUGCUGUGAUAUCUUGAAAAAUAUGUCAAAUUUUAAAUUUAUAAAUGAUAGUAAAACAUUUUGGAGAUAA